GACAGACAUCUGAAACGGAAACAUGCUUGGCAGAUGCAUUUUGUAGGCAUCAUGUAGCUAAUUAUAAAAAUGUACUUUCAAAAUAUCUCUUUACUAAUUGAUAUAGCAUUUCGGAAGAGGUGAUGUUCAACCAUAAAGGGUGUUUAUAAAGAGACUGUUAAAGUUUGUCAUCUUUUAUUCAUACAUAAUCGUGUUACAUCAGAAUUGAAAGGACAUUGUAACUUUAUAAGUACUGGAACAAAGAACAUGCUCAUUUCCAUGAAGAAAAAAAAGGAUUAAAAGUUUCAGCUUCAUGUGUGUGCAGUGCCUGUUGACGCCUGCUGUAAAUAGUGUUGAAAAGGUCUAUUUGAAAAGUUGGUGGAAGACUGGGUUAGAAAUGGUAAAAACUGACUGGCUGUGAAUACUGCUUAAUUCCAAGAUAGGAUCUACAUCGAUAAGCUGUUCAAAAUGAGCCCUCUGUGCUUUUGGUUGUUGAUGUGUGGAUUACAAUUUAUUUCUGGAGAUGGAGCAAAUCUUGAAUACACAGUGAAAGAGGAGGAAGCUGCUGAAUCGUUCAUUGGAAACAUUGCCCGUGACAGCAAGUUGUAUUCUAUAUAUACAGCAGAUGACUUUCAGAGACUGAGGUAUGAUUUCAUGCUGGAGAAUGAAGUCACAAAGAAAUUCACGAUUGAUAAAGUGACCAGCACGCUGAGAAAUUCAGAACGACUGGAUCGUGAAUCUCUGUGUUUGUUGAAACGGCAGUGUAUUUUGAGUUUAGAUGUUGGGGUAUAUUUACUUCAUCUGAACACAUCUCAUCCAGACAUGAAACAAAUAUUACGCUUGAAGAUAACAAUUGAAGACAUCAAUGACCAUGCUCCACAGUUUCCAAGUGAAGCCAUCACACUGACAGUUCCUGAAUCAGUUCCGAUCAAUCACAUUCUGUCAACCAGUGCAGCAUAUGAUAAUGACACAGGAGAAACAAAUUCUGUUCAGAGUUACCAACUCAUACCUAAAGAUGGCAUGUUUGGACUCAAAGUUAUGAAAAAUCCUGAUGGAAGCACAGCCUUGGGCCUUGAAGUUAAAUAUAAGUUAGAUUAUGAGACUCGUAGGACAUUUGUACUAACUGUUGUAGCUAAGGAUGGUGGACAACCUAUUCCAAAAUCUGGUACAGUGAGAAUCACUGUUAUGGUCACCGAUGUGAAUGACAAUGAUCCUGUGUUUAGUAAGUCUACAUUUAAUGUCACCAUUGUUGAAAAUGCUCCACUGAAUGUUUCCAUUCUUAAGCUGGAAGCUCAUGACCAAGAUUCAGAACUCAAUGGAGAUAUUUCCUUCAGGUUCAGUUCACGUACUUCUAAGCGGAUUAAAGCAUACUUAAAAAUUGAUGAAAGAACUGGUGAUCUGUAUCCCAUUAAGCUGAUUGAUUAUGAAGAAGAUAGAAUGUUCAGAUUUCUUGUAGAAGUUUCAGAUUCGGGAUCACCACCACGCUCCUCACAGGCAGCAGUUACAGUCACUGUUGAAGAUGUUAAUGACAAUGCUCCACAGAUUAUCAUAACCCUUCCUCCAAGUGAGCAAAACAUAAUUGAGUCGGCAGAAGUGGGAACAUUUAUUGCCCAUGUUUCUGUGUUUGAUGCAGAUGGUGGUGAAAAUGGGAUAGUCAGUUGUAGCAUUGCAGAUGACCAUUUUAGGCUAGAAAGGUUUUCAGACUUCAAUAACUAUAAAAUAAUUCUUAAUAAGAGUUUGGACUUUGAGGAGUCAGUUUCUCACUUGGUCAACGUGACAUGUAGAGAUCAAGGUGACAUCCCACGGUUUAAUUCUACGACAUUUGUUGUGCGAGUUCAGGAUGAAAAUGACAAUCCACCAGUGUUUUUGAAAGAAGUUAUUUCAGCUCACGUUAUGGAGAAUACAAAUGUGGGCUUUGUUUUUCUGACCUUGACUGCAGCUGAUAAGGAUGGGCCUGGUAACAGGGAUAACAUAUUUUCCAUGAUUGAUGAGUUGGACUCGGAUUUUUCAGUUUCACCUACAGGUGAGGUCUCAGUAAUAAAAAUGAUUGAUCGUGAAAGGACACCAUAUUUGCAGUUUGUGGUAAUAGCCAGAGAUGCAACAAUAUCAUCACUGAGUUCCACGGCAACGGUAGAAGUUGUGGUUGAUGAUGAGAAUGACAACCCACCUAGGUUUACUAUGCCCCACUAUCAACUGUAUGUUUAUGAAAAUAAACCAGUUGGUUCAUUCGUUGCUAAACUGAAUGUAUCUGAUGAAGAUGAAGAGAUCAUUUCUCAGUUUAGGUUCUCUCCUCAAACUGAUCUUUCUCAGGUUUUUUCUUUGGAAAGUACAACGGGUGUUCUCAGAACUGUCUAUCAGUUGAAUCGGGAAGAUCGCAAAAAGUUUAUGUUUAAUGUCAUUGUAACGGAUCCAUUCAACACCGGUAAUCCAUUAUUCAUUGACCAUGCUAGUGUUACAGUGACAAUUUUAGAUGUAAAUGACAAUUCUCCAUCAUUUAUAUUUCCUAGCACUGUGAAUGAUUCGGUUUACAUAGCAUACCACCAGCCAGUUGGCACAAUCAUCACUACACUGGUCGCAGAGGACCUUGACAUUGUCGACAAAGAGAAACUGACAUUUACUAUUGAACAAGGGAAUGAGAAAAAUUUAUUCUUUUUGAAUUUGAUAUCAGGAGAAAUGAUAGUAGCUAAGGAAUUAACAUCAGACAACAUGGGCGUGUAUAAUCUGGUGGUGGCUGCUCAUGAUUCGGGGAAACCCCAGCACACAACUUACAGCAGGCUGAAUGUUAUAGUGUCACGUGGAAACAAUACAGAGUUGGUGGCAGGGACAUCGGAGGAUUCCCAACAGUAUAUUGUCAUAGUGAUCUCUCUCAUAUGUGUCACCAUUAUUCUUUGUGUUGCUGUCUUUAUUACGAUAUGCAUUAUCAAAAAGGCUGAUCGUGACCGACGUAAGGCAUUAAAAGCUAAAAUUGUUGAAAGUCAGAAAGUCUGUGUGGAAGAUGGUUCAAAUUCAGGAUCAUCAGUUUGUGGAAGCCCAGACUCUAAGUACGACAAUGAGGUAGAGCAACUUAAGAAAAAAAUAAAACGGGAACUGAGUUUUCAUGUUGAUGAAGAUUCAGAACCACUGGAUACAACUGAGCUCACCAAUGGAUCUUCUUUCUCUACAUUCAAGAAUCUCACUCAUUAUUCAUCCAUUGACAACAAAUCACCCUCAACACCUCAGGCUUGUAGCUCUGUGCUGACAAACAACACGUGUACCCCAGAGCACAUUCAGCUGAAGAUGGGAUUCUAUGACAACAAGAAGCAAGAUAUACAGAGACUGGCCACUGAGAGGGGCCUCACUCGUGACAUGCACAAGUAUCCCAAUACCACACAGUGGUUGGCCACUUCAAAUGUAACCGUGAAACGACCAGAAGACACAACAAGUGAGUUGUCUGGAGGGGCAGACACCACAGACAGUGGACAUGGAAGCAAUGAAGAUGAACAGCAUGGCGGCCAAGGUUCUGCAAUACCACGCCAUGAUUCAGGAACUACAAAGACUCGCACCUGCAAAGGUUUUCUAGGCUUCUCAAAGAAACUGUCCAAUCUGGUGAAGAGUCCUAACUGCAGCCAGAGUACGGCAUCGCAGUUGAGUCUUCAGUCGGAGUCCAGUCCUCAGUCUGCGUUAGACCAGUACCACCGCAACAUUAGCUUCAGUGACGACAGUGUCACAGCUAACACUGUAGUGGACACAAAACUCAAGAAGCGGACCUACUCCGGAAACUAUUCAAGUAGACCGUUGCGGAAUGCUGCAAUGACACCACAUCAGUGCAACUCUCAGAGAAUUCCAUCCACAGACUAUCGGUGCCAGAGUGUCCUGGCCGAAACGACCAAGCAGAGCACACCGGGAUUGCGGUACUCUCUGGUCGACAUGGACACACUGAGCGAAAGUCCAGGAGCCAAUCUGGACCAGGAGGAUGACAGGACAACCACCUCAGGCAGCUACACAAUUAAUGCUGAGGAUUUAUGUAAUGAAAUCGAUCAGCUCUUUUUUAAUGAUGUUAUUGUAUGAUCAUUUAUCGCAAAGUGUAAAAACAUUUUCUAAACUUUGCCAUUAAUGGUUUGUUAUUUAAUAAGUUUGUAUUUUGCCUUCGUCAGUAUUAGAUGGUAGUAAAAUUGUGAAUCUAUAUCAACAAUACUUACUGUUUCUUAUUUUCCAACAAUAAAUUAUUCAAGUUAAAAUACUGUUAUCUACGGUUUAUCUACGGUUUAACUGAAUAAAAAUAUUAUUUUUCAAUUUCUGUCCAAUGUUCAGAUUUAUCAGCUUGUAAAUUUCACUCAUUUCAAAUGCAUUUUGAAUUAGGACUAAGGAUUGGCCAGUCAUAUAUGAUGGAAUAAAAUUCAAAUAGUGAAUUUGAAUAGCGUUAUUACUUAUACCUAAUAAUACUGUGAAACAGAUCCAAUAUUUAUUGACCUACAGUUUUUAAUAAAUUCACUGGGAGUUUUUGGUUGUAUUUUUAAUAGCCCACCUAUGAAUAUUAAUUAUUAAUUUUGUUAUUAGCUGUUCUAGCAGUAGUACUACACAUACAAAUGUACCACUAACAUCUUAAAGUUAAUUUUAUUUGUCCUAUCUUUACUUGCUGAUGAAGGCUAAAAGUAAGCAUAUUUGUUUCUGGGAUUAUGUUAAAGAUUGGGUAUUAGGUUUAGAAUGAUGAAAUAUUCAGUUAUAAUAAUAGGAAAUUAUUUUUAAGACAGUAAGUUGAUUGAUUGUUCAUUAUAUUUACAAACGUAGCACAUUUUUAUCUAGUCAUUAACAUUUAUAUGUAAAUUAUAUUUCCAAUCUGUUAAUGGUUGAAUAAUAUUUUAAUAAUGCAUAAAUAAACCACAAUGACUGUGAUAUGUGAUGUUGAUGAAUUUGUUUCGAAAGGUGUCAUAUGUUUGUAACGUUUUAUUGUUUUAGAAACAUUCCAUCAUAAAACUUUUUUUUAUUAUUUUUUUUUACCUUUCCAGCAUUUUUAUAUCUUUUACUAUUUGAAGGUAUUUCCAUAAGAUUUUUGGCUCAGUGGUGUGUAAAAUGAUAUAAUACUUAGUGAAGUACAGAGUAGCCCUUGAACUCUGAUGGAUAUCCUUAAAGGGGGAUAACAACUAUACAUAGCCUUACACUAUGGGGAUAAUAUCUAUCACUUAUUUUACAAAUGUUACAAAUGUAUGUUAAAUUAUGCAAUGCAUGAAUGGUGCUAAAGUGUGUACAUGUGUUUUGUUUGUUACUGUACAUAUGUUGCAUUAGUUUUAUACCCUUUUGGUCAGAUGCACUUGUUCAAUGAAUGAGGUAUUUUUAAAUUGUAAGUUAAGUUGUUUUAAUAAAAUGUUUUUUAAGUUGGUUUCAAAACUUUCACAUAUUUUAUUACAAUGGAGAAUUGACUUUUGAACUUGUUUUAAACUUUAUUAAAAAGAUAAUGCUUAAAUAUUUUUUAUUUAAAGAUAAUUAUGGAAACUUACUUCAGAUAUGGAAAAACAAAAACAUUUUAUGCAAACUAAAGUAUAAUUUUUAUAGAAAAACAAAUGUGUUAAAUUUGGUUUAGAUUUGUUUAUUCGUGAAACGUGUAUCUUUUUAUUGACAUUAAUGCAUUCUACACAUUCUUAUAAACAGCAAAAUAUUUGUUACUAAUUCUCAGGGAUGUGUUAUAAAAACAAAUGUAUAUAUCAUUUAAUGUGUAAAUGUAUGUACUAGGUGAUUAAAUCACCAAUUGUCUUUUGUGUCUGCUCAGCACUCAGUGAUAAAAAGCUGUAAUGCAUUGUAAAUUUGUCCAUAAUAAAUAAUUUUAAAUGAA